AUGGAAAACAGACACGCCAGCGAGAAGCUGGCUGCAAAGCUGGAUUGUUUCCUCGAGACAACAUUCGACCUGGCUACUGAAAACACAGAACUGGUGGGAAAGCUGGUCCACCAGCAUACCCUAUUGACUGAGCAGGAAAGUGAGAUGGAGGACUUGACAGACCAACUGGAUAAGUCUACUCUGUUUGCACAGGAACUAGCAGCUUUGAAUCUACGAUCAGAGUUCUUUGAAGCCCAGUUGAGUCUGCUGGAAGCCCAUACUGCUGUCAACUUUGCUAGGGGUCCAGAUGCGUAUAACGACUGGAAAGAUAGGAGUCUCAAUUGGAGGACCACCGAGACAACUUUGGAUAACCUUGAGCUGGAGUACAGGUAUCUGAUGAAUCAGUACAAACAAUAUGGAAAUUUUAAGAACACAGGAGGGUCUCAGAAGUGCGAAUUAGACCGUGACAGUGACGUGCACCAUGAGUCCAGCUACGCAAAUACCUCAGUGGACUCUGUCUUUUCAGUGGACGUCUCAACGAAUACGGAAAACACCACCCAUGAUGUCCAAAUGAGACCAAUAAGGUGCAAAGGAGGCCUGAACUCGAUAUCGUCUGCAUUGCCACAGGGUGCCAUUCAAGCACUCCCGAAUCAGGGUAUUCUUCUACCACCAUUUGAUGGUGCAAGCACCCCGGCGAAAGAGAUCAAACCUCAGCAUCUAAAGAAAUAUGCCUCACUGUCGCAUCUGAACAAAACUACCGGAAACAGGAAAAGAUUUGAGUCGUUCUUCCCGGACGACUUUUCAACAUCGUUUGAGGUAACGUUUGACGAGGAUGAUUGUGAUUACGACAGACCACCCAAUAGAGACCAUAAUACCGCAGAGACCAGUAUCAAUGCACACCAGACUCCUCUCCGCCAUUUCCUCUCAUAUGAUACUGCUUUAUCGCAAAAACAGACUUUGAACUUAACUCUAGAAGAUCUUAAGUUCAGCAGAAAGACGGUGGCUUCAUCACCAGAUUCACAGGUUUCUCUGAUAAAAGAUUCGCAAGAUGAUUUCGACAACCCGAGCGAACCCGAGGACUACGGGGAAGACGCAAAAACUUUUGAUGUUCACCAGGAAAUUUUGCCAGAGAAAUGCCCUUUGAAAAGGUCUGCUUCAUACGAAAGCGUUUUCCAGAAGGGUUUCCAGAAAGACUUCCCAACGCCGCGCGAACCUGUUCUUGACCUCAAGAAACAGACCAUCAAAUGGCUGGACAUCUUCCACACUCCUGUAUCUGGUCUUGCUGCUCAGAACACUGUUAAUGCAACCAUAAAAUCGAGAGAGACUGCUUUCCCAUUCACGCCCACAUCCUCCGCUACCACCACCGCUACCACCAUCACGAACCACCAAACCAGCAAGGAGCUUCUGAGUUCAGUUGUUGGAUCAUCGCACUCGAAAACCUCGUCGGGAAUCUUCCCGUUCUUCUCACAUCCUUCUACACCAGAGAUUACUCAACGAAUAGAAAGCGAAACUGAUACUGGCCCCUCUUCCAAUCCACCAGAGGCAUCAUCACCAGCUAUACCAAUACCCCACUCCAGAGACAGUCGUUCAAGCGUUCAUAGCAUGAGACGACCAUCUCUGGCAUCACGAGGUUCCUUCAUGACCUCUCAACAGUAUUCGCAAUGGUCGAUGCUGUUUGCAAAGCUGAAUCCCCAGUCUAUAAUUCCCGGUUCAGCUUACUCCGAAGUGGGAAAACCCAUUCAUGGACCCAGCCUCCGGGCUACCCCAACUGUUCACCACGAUUCACACUUCAAAGGAGUCAAGCGAUUUGAAGACACACCAAGCACCUUUAAUGGUUCCCAUUCCACCAUAACGAUUGGUCCUAAUCACUCCAAGAUUGUCAGACACGGGCUUUCAUCCGAUCUCCACAAGCACGUCGUUGCUUCCAGAGUCAGCUACGCUGCUCUUAGAGAUGCGUUAGACUCGGAUUUGGCAUGA